ACCAGGUGUUGUAAAACUCCCAAGUAGCUCGUUGACACUUUGUUACGACUUUGUACUAAAUUUUUAGAUGCAGAAUAUAACAGUAUCAUCAGCAUACUGUACAUAAUUUUUUAAUAUUUUAGGUGUUGCAUACAAUGAAAUGAUAUGCUACUUGAAAAUACAGCUUUGAGGUUAGCCUCUGUUAGUUAUUCUAGUAUAAGUUUACUUCCAGAUAGAUGCACCAUAAUAAGAUGGCCAACAAACAAUCUGAAAAUCGGUGUUGAAUUUACAACUGUAUAUUCAAAACGUUUAAUGUUAUUAAUGUACACAGGUGAGGAAGUGUACAAGUGUUUUAUCAAUACGUCUAACAUAAUUAUCAUAAUGUUAUCUACAAAGAAGUAAAAUGCUAUAUUAACUAAAAGUGGAUUAUUGAGAACAUAUAACACAUACUUAUGGGAAAUUUGAUGGUUUCAGUGGUACGACAAAUUUAGAGAUAUUACUCAAAUAGGUAAUAAAUAAUGGUUGUUCCCAUUUUAGCAUUUUAUUUAAUACAAGUGGUUGUUUAAGAAUAAACCCCUUAAUACCUCACUUCUGUAUAGUAGCUAUGAAUGGAAUUAAAAAAAGGAAUAUUUUGUGAAGUGAGAAACCUUUUUUCCUAUGUAACUUUAUUACAAGCGAGUAUAUCCAAAGACAAAAACUAAAAUACCUUAUAAAGGUUCCCCGAGCAGAUAUCGGGAAACUAGUGUUUUGGUUUUUGUAAAGCUAUGCGUAUAUAUUACUAUUAGCAAAUUAAAUGAUGUCCACUCAUCCAGAUGACAACCCUUUUAAUUGUUCCUUGUGCAGUUAUACAAGCACGAAAAGUGAGCAAUUAAAAAGGCAUAUGUUAACGCACACAGGUAAGAAACCAUAUAAGUGUUCUGUGUGCAACUAUGCAAGUAUUAGGAAAGGGGAUUUACAAAGACAUAUGUUGACUCACACAGGUGAGAAACCAUUUAAGUGUUCCUUGUGCAUCUAUUCAUGCACUCAAAAAAUGCAUCUAAAAAGCCAUAUGGUAACUCACACAGGUGAGACACAAUUUAAGUGUUCCCUGUGCAUAUAUUCAAGCACUACAAAGGCACAACUAAAAGAUCAUAUGUUAACUCACUCAGGUGAGAAACCAUUCAAAUGUUCACUGUGCAUUUAUUCCAGCACUAGGAGAGCCCAUCUAAAAACACAUAUGCUAUCUCACACAGGUGAAAAACCAUUUAGUUGUUCACUGUGCAUGUAUUCAAGCAGUAGGAGGUCGCAUCUAAAAGCUCAUAUGCUAACUCACACAGGUGAGAAACCAUUUAAGUGUUCUCUGUGCAUAUAUUCAAGUUCCAAAAGCGGCAAUCUAAAGAGUCAUAUGUUAACUCACACAGGUGAGAAACCAUUUAAGUGUUCUCUCUGCAGCUAUGCAAGUAUUUGGAAAAAGGAUUUACAAACACAUAAAUUAACUCACACAGGUGAGAAACCAUUUAAGUGUUCCGUGUGUAUCUAUUCAUGCACUCAGAAGAAGCAUCUGAAAAGUCAUAUGUUAACUCACUCAGACAAGAAACAAUUUAUGUGUUCCCAGUGCAAUUUUUCAAGUAGUACUAGAGAGUAUCUAGAAAGUCACAUGGUAAGUCACACAAAUGAGAAACCAUUUAAGUGUUCCCUGUGUAUAUUUUCUUGCACUGAGAGCGAGCAUCUAAAAACACAUAUGACAAAUCACACAGGUGAGAAACUAUAUAAGUGUAUCCUUUGCAACCAUGUAAGUAGUAGUAGUAGGGAUUUACAAACACAUAUAUUGACUCAUGCAGAUGAGAGACCAUUUAAGUGUUCGUUGUGCACAUAUUCAUGCACUCGGAGGAUGUACCUAAAAAACCAUAUGUUAACUCACACAGGUGAGAAACCAUUUAAAUGUACCUUGUGUCUCUAUUCAGGCACUACGAGAACGUAUCUAAAAAAACAUAUGCUCACUCACAAGUGAAAACCUAUUUAAGUGUUCCCUGUGUAUGUAUUCAUGCACUCAGAGGAAGCAUCUCAAAAGUCAUAUAUUAAUUCAUAAGAUGACAUUGUUAACUCAUCUAGAUGAUAAACAAUUUUAAUGUUUUCUGUGCAGCUAUAAAAUUACUCUUAAGUUUAUUUAAAAUGUGCAUACGUUAUUUCAUGGGUGAGAAAUGAUAAGUACAAAAACGUUAACCCACAGGCUUUAAAUUAUUUAAAUGUUUCCUAUGCAGCUUUUACUUUACAUCAAUUUCACGGUUAGGAGAGAACUGAGUUCAAAAUGUGGUACCAUAAAAACCAUUGAGUGUGCUCAGUUCAUCUAUUCAUUCACUAAAAGGAUGAGUCUAGAAACACGUUAACUCACAGAAAUGAGAAACAAUUUAAGUGCUGUUUGUUCAGCUGUAAGUCAAAUCAAACGUUUUUCUUCAUUAAUAUUACAUCAUAAUGAACAUAUUAGCAGAAAAUACAAGAAUAUAGACUAUAUUUAAAUAAGGCAACUCAAUACAAUUUCAUACAAGUUCAAUUUAUUGAAAAAUUUUGAUUAGAAGGAAUGUAUAUAUUGGCAUCAUAGUUUGCGGGUUGUAACAAUGGUUAACAUUAAUUUAAAAAAGUAAGCAAAGUAAAAAGGUUAAAUUAGCUAUGUGUAAAAGAGUAAUUGUUGAUAUGAAUAAGAAAGAUAGAUUAUUCGUUCCGUUUAUCGUACCUAUUUGGGGUCUGUCGGAGAGGUACUUAAACCAAGUACCUUUGGCAGGGUGUCCCAAUCGGUGUUAAACUAAAAUAUUUAGGAAUAGUUAAAACAUUCCAAAAUGUGUACAUCGUAUUUUACACAGUUUGUGGAAUCAUAGUUUACAAGAAAUAUCAAAGGCGGUACUUAUGUAAGUAAGGUUGUCUCAGCCUAGCGAUCAAUAAUAUAUGGAAUUCCACAAGGUUUGAUAGGAAAGGAACUCUACUGUUUUUUGCUUUCCUGGAGAGAACCAAAAAUAUUAAUACUAUUAAAAUGUGUAUAUAUGUAAAUAACACUAACAUAGUAGUAACAAGAAUUUCACUGAAAAAGAUAGAGAUUUCUGCUUAUAAUGUGCUAGCAGUUAUUGAAGAAUUCUUAAACCAUAAUCUGUUAUUUUAUUAAAAAAAAUUAAAUUUUAUAAUGUUCUUGGCAAAAAAAUCAGCACGAAAUUGAACCAUCAGUUAUAAUUGGCAAUGA